UGGCUCCUGAGAAAGACUGCCCAAACCUCAGUGGCUUGGGAGAUUUCCAAAAGUGCCCAAUCAGAAGUUGUCAGUGAUCAAGGUUGUAGCAGCAUGAGGAAUCAAUCAGUCUUUAAGAUACUACAUUUAUUUCUCACUUUUCCCCUAAGGAGCUCAAAGUGGUGUAUGUGGUUCCCCAAAUCCAAUUUCAUUCUCACAAAAACACUGUUUACAUUAUGUUCAGCCGAGAGACAGUAACUGGCCCACAGCAAGAUAUAGAGAGCUUCAUGGCUAAAUGGGGAUUUACUCUUAACCACUCUUAACCACUACAGUAUUCUGGCUCUCAAAUCCAGGGCUACCUUGGGAAUGUGGAACUAGUUGUGUGAUUUUUUGGCUCUUUCCCAGUGAUAGGAAAUGUAAGACAUGUUGAAUAAUAGCUAGAUUAGUGAUAGUAAUUUUAACAAUUUAUUGCUUAAUAAAUUUUUUAAAAUGUUGUGGUUCCUUCAUUCUGGCUUCACAAUAUUUUUGAAAACGGCAACAUAGGCAGUCAGCUCUGUAAUGCAAGCUCAUCUUAAAUAAAUUAUAGCACUUUGAAGUUGUGCUUACAGCUAGAAUGCCUGAAUUAUUUUAAUUUUUUUAAAAAAGAUUUCAUAUUGAGUAUUGUUACAAAAUAAAAUAUAGUACACUGUGCUUUAAAGGGUAUUAGAUUUGUUCCAAACAUGAAGGUUUUUUUCGGAAAAGCAACAGGCAGUGCUGUUGAAAAUUUGUUUGUGACGCCUCCAGGAAAAUUAGGUCAUAUGAUGUAAUUAUAAGACCAGGGGGGAAAAAUCUCGAGCUGCAUUGUUAAGCAUGCUAACAGGAUUUAUUUCUGAGUCAACAUGGUUAAGAUCAGGCUACAAGUUGUUUAAUAGAUAUUAUUCUUUGUUACUUUAGUAAUUGAUUGUAUUUAUUAUCUAAGGUGGUUGCAUAAGAGUGAGAAAGCGACAUCAGAAAUCCCUGCUUUUCCCCACCAGCCAAUUUUUCGGUGAUCUGUUCUCAUUUAAUCCGUUUUUUCUGCAGACUGAACCAAAUGCUGUAUUCUGUCUGUGUUUGAAUUAAUGAAAAGCCAUUGUUUCAAGACACUGAAUGGAAGCAAAUAACCUCUCUAUAUAUGUGCUUUGCUUUUGAAUUUAUAAAACAUGAAAACGUAUACCACAUAAUAUUGGAGUCAGCCUGCAUGCUGUCUUUUGCAGUGUAGAGAAGCAUUUCAGAGUUUUGUCUCAUUUUGUAGUUCUAUUCCCACCUUCUCAACCUGUGUUGGAGUUCUGUUUAGGUUUUCUUUUUUAAAACAGUCUUAACUUAACAAAGUGAUAUAUAUUCUCUUCUCAUUGUUUUGUUGUUUCCUGCAUUUUGUUACCUGGAACAUCUUUUUCUUUUCAUUGUCUCUCCUUUAACAUUUUUUUGCACACUCCCAUUACUGUACUGUUGCACUUCUGGGGGUGUUUGGCACAGUUAAAAUAAACCCAAGUACCAUACCCCCCCCAUCUCAGAGAUGUGAAGGAACAAGGAGUAUGGCCUCUUCUUAAAUUGCUUCAGAGUUGCAGAAUGAGUACUAAUUAUUUUUUCUACGGUUUUGAUUAGCUUUAUUUUAUACUUGUAUUUUUAAUUUGUUUGUUAACUAUUGCAUGAACGUAUUUAUUGAUAGACAAUCUAGGAGUAUUAGAAAUAAAUAAAUAAAUACUAAAUGGGAAAACAAAACAUCAUAAUAGUGCAGGUCUCCUGGGGCAGCUGUGCUUCAAAAUACAUGAAUUUUCAUUGGGUGUAUUUUAAAUAGUUUUAUAUUAUCACCAUCUCCCAAUUUAUACAGUGCUUCUCAUACUGUUUUUUAAAGUGCUUUUCAUUCAUUUAUUAUUUGAAUGACUCUUCUCCCACUUUUCUACGCCAAAGUGUACUUGAGGCCGCUCACAAUAAAAAGACACCUGCAAAUCAAUUUUAAAAACCCAAUUAAAAAGCAAUAAAAUGAUGCAGGUCUAUAAAAAUCAAUACAAAUUGAUAUAAUGCAAAAUGUUAAAAUACAAAUCACGAAUAAAACAGUUAAAAUCCGGCUGCUUAAACAUCAAAGAAGGCUAAUAAAGAGAAUGCUUACUUGAAUUUUGUUAUUUCUCAUCUAUCCAGCCAAAGGGUUCAGGGAAGAUAAUGAUGCUAUUAAAAAAAAAGUCACUUCCUUAAACGCCAGUGGCAUUCAUAUAGCGCCCCACUCCUAAUCAAUCUCAUUUUCCAUUGCAGAAUCCAGCUGCCUCUCCAUCAUGGUGUUUCCAAGAUUGGCAGUGUUCAGUAAUACAUGUCAGAAAGACAAGGGAUGAGUGAUUGGUGUGGGGUUUCAAUGGAAGCAGGAUAAGCCACAUACUAAAUAUACGGUACUACAGCUGUGGUGGCUGGAACCUUAAAUGGCUCUUUGGGGAGGAGAAAACGGAAGUUGAUGCAGAAUUCCUGAGUGCCUAAUUCAAGGACAUGAUGGAGUGCUAUCCAGGACAGCUGACCCAGAAGUGAGUCUGCAAAGACCACCUAGCAUGUGACAGUUGUGUUAAGACAAGCUGCCUGGGAAGGGAAAGGAAGAUUCCUUGAACAUGGUCUGUAAAUUUGGCUGGACUCUGACAGUAAGAGGAGGGCACUAGGAAUCAAAUAUAUGUUUUAGUACUGACAUAUGCUUACUUUUUGGAAUGAAAGUAAAUAUACCUGUUGCAGCGAUCUAGUAUCCCAAGGAGUGGAGACAGGCACAAGUCCCUAUCACAUUGUCCUAAACCAAAAUAGACAUACUGCCGUUCUGUUUUAGCUUUAUUUGAGAAUGGUGCUAUACUUUUCACCCCGGUGUGUCAGUUUUCUACACAUUUGCGAAAGAGGCUAGUUUUCUGAAUGGAAGGAUUUUUAUUUUAAAUGGGGCAACCAUCUUAAGUGGCGUAGACCAGGGACAACUCUACCAUGUGGUUUUUCGAAGGUUGGCUCCAGUUCAUUCCAUGGGUGCAAGAGACCACCUUGGUUGCGAGUCCUGGGGAACAUGCUUCCUGGCUUGCAUGCCUUUUCUACCUGGCCUAGGAAGGCAGGGCAGGGGUUCUGUUGCUGUUACUGUUGCCUUAAUUGUUUUAAACUGCUUUUUAACUUGUGUGUGUUUUUAAAUUGGGGGUUUUGUUGAUUUUUUUAAAUUAAGGGACCUAAGAUGUGCCUGGGAAGAGAGGAGCUGGGGAGAGCAGGGAUGACCCCAAUUGAUGUGGUUUUGUGCAAGGGGAGGUAUUGUAUGCAGGAGGGGCACACGGCAUGCAGACAGUUAGCAACUGUGCUGUGUGCCAGCCUUCUUACAACCUGAGGAGUGGUGGUUGUCCUUUCAGCCAGCCCUCAGAUGUGCUUGGAUGGUUGUUUCCAGAGGGUGAUGCUUGAGGAAUGCUCUUUGGCCUUGUGGAGCCUUCAAUGUGGGGUUCGAUUUUAUCCCCCAUGCUGUUUAACAUCUACAUGAAACUACUGAAUGGGGUUAUCCAGAGUUUUGGAGUAUGUUGUCAGCAGUUUUCUGAUGACACACAGUUCUACUUCUCCUUUACAUCUGCAGGUGUGGCUGUGGAUGUGGUGGACCAUUGUUUUGCCCUGGUAAUGGACUGGAUGAGAGCCAACAAACUGAAGCUCCGUCCAGACACUGUUAAUGGUUGGAUGGGAGGUGGCCUGCUCUCGAUGGUGUUACACUCCCUCUGAAGGAGUGGAUAUGUAGUUUGGGGGUACUUCUGGAUCCUUUGCUGAGUGCCUUACACCCUUAUUUGGACAGGGAUAGCCUAACUUCUGCCAUCUAUGCUCUGGUAUACAUAGGGAAUAACUGCCUGAAGGUGGUUCAAAAGCUUCAGCUAGUGCAGAAUUUGGUGGCCAGGUUGCUAACCAUGGCAAGAUGAUUUGAGCCUAUUACACUGAUCCUGGCCCAACUGCACUGGCUGCUAAUUAAUUUUGUGUUCUCAUUUUUUAUUUUUUGUUGUGAACCACCCUUUAUUAAUAAUAAAUAAAUGCAAACAUAAAUACAUACAGUAAGUAAAUACAUAAAUAUUCACCAAAAUAUUCAGGGUUAUAUGUAAAAGAGGUUUUGUAAACAAAUUUUAUGUAAAUCACUUCUGAUUAUUAAGGUUCUGAUGAUUAAGUGGUAUAUAAAUCCUGUGCAAUAAAUAAUAAAGGGGUGAUUAGAAGGGUGGUGGUUUUCUUUUAUUUGCUUUCUUUGCAAACCAUUUUUUUGCUGCUGCAGAUGGAUGAAAUUGCUGGAAUCCCCUUUCCCUCCUUGUUCCUUGCAAAUGGAACAGAGAAUUUCUUACUGGUGAUUGUUUUUGUUCAGCCCUAGUUUUUACCUCACUUCUGCAUCUUUUUCCACUUUUUAUUUAUGUUAUGUGUUUGUCAUUUCCAGUCUUACAAGUAGACUCUUUUCUUUAAAAGGCAUCAGUUUUGUUUCUUAGUCAGUGAGGGGGUGUUUUUUAACAUCUUAAACUUUACUAUAGUACACCAUAGAAGCUGGAUUGUUUUUGAAAUCUCUUUCUCAUACCAACCAGUUGCUUGAGCAGACUGCAGCCAUGAAGGCAUACCCUCUGACAUUUCACAAACAAAACUGGGGAUGCUCUUAUAUAUUCAUAAUGCCGCAAUUCUGACACAAAGGAUUAUUGUACUCUGCUUAAAUAUUACUCAUUGUGGAUGGCUCCUUCUUGAUUGCUGUAUCCAUUUACCUUGCAAUAACUGCAUGCUAAGAGCAUUAAAAAAGAAGUUUUCCCCAAACCUACUGACACCUCCCUCUUGUGCAUUGGUGGCACCACUUUGGCAAUAUAAGGAUCCAUGCUUGGAGAAUUUGCUGUUAGUAUACUUAGGAACACAGGAAAUUUCCUUAUAUUGAGUUUUACCAUUGGUCUAUUUAGAUUAUAGUAUUACCUACUGCAUGGACUGGCAGUGGCUUUCCAACAUUUUAAAUAGGGAAAGAUCUCUCUCAGCCCUACAUGCAAUGCCAAGGAUUUAACAUGGCAUGCAAAACAGAUGGUCUAGAACUGAGUUGUGGCUCUUCCCCUCUACUUUCCACUGGUUAACCUCUGCCUCUCUAGAUGCUGUUGUGUUCCAACUUCUGUCAGCCCCAAGCAGCAUAGCCAAUGGUCAGGGAUGAUGGGAGCUGAAGGGCAGCAAUAUCUGAAUAGCCAUAGACUCCUGCUUUACAGGAUAUAAGAGGCUGUUUGGAAAAAGAAGUCUAAACACUCAGCAGUUUGCACAUACAUCUGUGCACCUGAAAUUGUACUAAAUUGUGUACAAUUGUACUAAAUUGUGGUCACACUAAACAUUACUUGUUGCAUUUCUGUUGGUCAGAAACUAGGGGAAGGGAAACCACAACAACUCCCAUUAUAAGAAGACUGGGGAAGACGUAUAUGGCACAGAACGUUAAUGUAUAAAACAAUGUACUGUAUACUGUAAAAGGAGAUUUUGGAAGGGAUGUCUAAGGCAAAAACCCAACAUUCUUUGUAGUAUGUAUUUGUAGUAUAUAUUUAUUAGAUAUCGGAACCAUAAAACACUAUCAGAGUCUUGGAAGUAAACUAAAAAAUCAGCGUGGAAACAAAACCAGUGUGAUUUAUAUUAAAAAGCAUAGAUAAAUGUUAUAUAUUUUAUUAUCUAGUUUGAUAAUGUUUUUGUCUUUUUCAUUUCUUUAAAAGGAACAUUAUCCCAUCUUAGAUUACAGUGCUAAGCACGCUCGCUCGUAUGACAGUUAGUUCUAUUACAGAUGGAGGGAUCUGCUCAAUGUCAUUUCUAAAAGAAAUUGUUGAAGCCUAAGGGAAGAAGGGACAGAUACUGGUACCCAAAGUAGUCAUUGUCCUUGAUAUAUUGAGAAGACAUGUGUGUCUUUGAUUAUUUUCAAAAGCAAAAGGCAAACCUCAUUGCAUUUUUUUAAAAAAGAACUUUGUACCAUAAAGGCUUUUAAUAAUAUUGAUAGAUUGUUCAUUCUUCAAAUUAAUUUAAAAUACCUGCUUCUGUUUUCCAUAAUAAAGGGACUAUGGAUUAUGACAAAUAGUUAUAUCAUCUUCACUUAACUGAUUUUAGCACAGAUUGACACAGAAUGUGAGGUUGGUCUCAUCUUUGAAUUUUUAUUAAUGACAAUAAUAAGAAGCGCAAGUGUUGAGUCAUGGUAUCUUUAUAUAGAAGCACAAAAAUUGCAUCUUUUGUUUGAUAGCCACCUUUUGAUUCAAUGAGUCUCAAGACAGAGUUAAAUGAAAUGAAGCGAAAUGCAGUCUAUAAUGCGUUUGUAAUUUGUCGCGUUCUGCUUGUUGUGUCCUUUCUGUAAAGCUUCUGGGGAAGCUUUUGCAACCAGAGGUUGGUUAAUGAAGCUUGCUUUUUUGCUCUGCACAGUUUCACAUGCAUCUGCUUGUAGAUGCUGUGAGGGUUUAGCAUUUAAGUAAUUUGAAGAUCUAAGAAAACAAUUGGCAUGGGCAUUAAACGUUGCUAAGCAAUAGGAAAUGACACUUUGUAGCAAGGGAAAUGUAUACAACAUUGUUGUUGGGUUUGGGAAACGGUGGCACAGGCUUCAUUAAAGCUGCCAUUUAAAGAGAGAAAGUUGUUGAAAAGUAGCAAAUCUGAAGAACGAGGCCUUUGGGUUCUUUGAUUUUUCAGGGUUUCUGUGAGAUGGAACCAACCACGCCAAGAAGCUGUGGUAUCAAAAUUACUAUUUGGAUCAAAGGGAGAUUAUGGUUCUUAUUCGUGGUUCUUGGUUUAAAACUCUUUUCUGUUGACAGAUAAAUCUAGUGGGUGAGGGCUGUGGCGGCUGUACAAGAAAAAGAAAAAAAAACCCAAAUACUGCAUCAGGGAAAUGGGAUUUCUGUCUGCUGCAUGGAAUAUGCAAAUGAAGUAAAUGUGUGUAGUUUGUAUGCUUUUAUGUGUUUAUAGUCCUGGUGAUGUUUAAGAAGCUAUGCAAGGGACUGAACUCCACCACCCCCACCACCCAGCUACCGGAAAUCCUGUUAAUCAACAACCCCCCCCCCCAAUACUUUGUAUUGCAUAGAUCAGCAGAGAAGGUGGGAAUUGUAGUCCAAAAUAUUGGAGAGAGCCAGGUUGGAGACACUUUCAGGCCCAUUAUUUCAGCUAUAAAGUUUCAUUUGAUGCACUCUAAUCUACGAAAGCGUAUGACAUAAUAAAUGUGUUAGAUGCCGCAAUGCUUUUUGCUGUUUUUGCUGUGUCAGAUAAGGUCGCUACCCCUCUGGAAGUUGCAGUCAUCAGGUCUAGAAAUGUGGCGUUUUCUGCAAAUGGAAAGCUGAGAUUCUUGGGCUAUGAUGAAUUCUGUAGCCAGAACCAAAUCCCCUGCUAUAAUAUUAGAAUACGCACACCUGUGGAGAACUGGUAUUAAUGAUUUCAACACAGUUAGUUUGGAUUUAUAAGGUAUAGAUAAUCUGUAGCAAAAACUCUUCUGCAGAAGUGCCUACUUGGACAUAAAGCUGUUGUUUCUUUAUUCUCCCUGGGAUUAUUUUUAGUGUUUUGAUCUCCCUUGAAGCAUUUAAUGUUUCAGUAUUGCCCUUACAACAUCUCCUUACUAAUUUCUUUAAUUUUAUAAGCUAGCCUCUUUUUUUCAUUGUUCCAGGAGUGCAUUAUGUUAGCCUUUUUCAAAAAUUAAAAAUAAAACGUACGUUCAGACACAUUUAGCCUUGUUAUAGGCAGGAGUGCGGUUAAAACAUGCAGUGAGGAUUUGAGUGCAAAUGAUGCUGGUAUUUAAUAUUUCUCAGAUUACAGACAUUUACCUUUAGUUUGUAUGAAAUGAUUUGUGUUUUAAGGAUGCAACUGUAGAGUUGGGUAGAGUAAAAAUAUUGAAAGCAAUAUUUCUAAUCACUUAGUUUUGCAUCAUCAAGAUUUGUUUUCAGAGCACCAACAUGAUUCUGUUUUUGUUUCAUCUAAGAAUGAAGUGGGUGUUAAAUUAAAAUCUGGUAAUGUCUAAACAUGGGUUUUUGGAUUUGGGCAUAUUUAUUCUUUGCUGUUAGAUUUGAACACAAUGUAUCUUUAAAAAGGAAAGACAUACUAUCUGUUAUAUUUUAUAAAGAUUUGGAGGAAUGGAUUUGGAAUAAGAUUAUGCACACCAUGAUUAGUCCAAAUUUCAAAGAAAAUGUGUUUACCAAGCUAUCAUAUUGUGACAUUAAAAUAUUUUUAUCAAAUGGCUAAUUUUGGGAGAUGUAACCCCACCACUGUUGACUUAUGUUUUGUUUUGGGGGCCUAAGAUUAAAAUAUAUGGAGAAACUAGUGAAAUCUAAAAUAAACAGAAGAACAGGUUUUGAUUAUGUUUACUGUCAAAAUAUAUAUCAUUUGUUGGGUUAAUUAAAAGGGGUUCCCUUGUUCCAAAGUAAGAUAUCAAAUUUGUAUCAAGCUUGUUAGUACCUUUAGUGUGAAAUGUUUCCUAUAACUUGGGGGAGGGGGACACCCACAUUUAUUCGCAGUAUUUCUUACUGCUUUCUUUGAAAAAGGUUGUGGCAUAUGUGAUGAAAUAGACUGACUAAGGUAAAUCCUGAGCGGGAAAUAAAAAAGUUCAUAAAUCUGUAUGGAUCAAUAUUUAUCGUGUACUGGAAAGAGGAGUUUAUUAAGCCAUGGUUUAUUAUCCUGUGAAGGAUUUUCUAAAUUUGGCCAAUGAGAUUGUAAGUGUAUAUGGACUGUGCCACUUCAGAUUGCAAGGGUUCAAAUAAUUUAACAACUGCUUUCCAUGUAGAAAACCAGGGUGGCAGGGAGAAGGUCCUAGCCUAGCCUUCUCCUUGGAAUAUGUGAUUUUAAAAAAAGGAACAUUUAAUCAUGUGAGCCCCCUUUUUAAAAAGGGGAGGAAAUGAUUGAAGUUUGCAGCCCAGACACAACUUUAUACUGCUUGGAGGAAAUGUGACUUGAAAUCACACUGCAGUAAUUUUGCAUUGAAUUAUGUACUGUGGAUUUCAGUAUUUCUAAGAAUAAAUGUGCGCUUUGCUUUUCUGGACUGUGUUUUUAGUUUCCUAUGCAAAAGGGUCUCUUUUGGGGAAAUCAUGAGGAAUAAAGGCAUUAAACUGCAAAACAGAUUUUUCUUGCCUAUAAUUGAUUUUUUUUGUUUGGAGCUAUUAGUCCAUUUGUGUUGCAGUUCUGAAUUAAAAUCUUCAGAAAUAUUUACUUUUUGGUGGUAAUACAUAACAUUUAGAAAUCUAAAGCUUAUUUAACUUGUUCCUAAUUAAUAGUGCUGGAGAAGGUUAAAAUGUGAUGCUGGAACCUAAGAAAAUAUAGCCAACACUGUUGGAGGCUGGCACUGUCAGAUUUUCUCCUGUCUCCUAAAAUUUUCUUACCUAGGAUCUUUAUUUUUUGGAAAAUUAACCUUUGUAAUAUUAGAAACAAAAGAAGAUAAAUGCAAAAAGGAUUGCAUUUCUAUUAUAAUACAGUAAACAACACAUAUGAAUAAAUAACAUUUUGGAACUUACGGUUUCAGUAUAUGACAUACCUAAUUUAAGUAAAUUUGUGUGUGGUCGAGAUUUUUUCUUCAUAGAUUGAAUUAGUUUCCUCAUCACAUAAGUAAAGCUGCAAUCAGAUACACAAUUCCUUAGCGGUAAGUAGGCUGAUACAGGAUUGCGCAGCUAAGUCUGCUUUAGGAAGUUUAGAAAGAUUAAAGGCCAAAGUUGCAAAAAUGUUUUCCGUAUGAUAUAUACACAAACGUUUUGUAAAAUAAAUGCAUGAAAUUCUCCAUGGAAGAGUUAACCUUUAAAAGCCAACUGUUGAUAACUAUCUUACUAAUGCUAAUGCACACUUGACAUUAUUGUUGAUAAACAAUCUUAUAAAUCCUAGUGCAGGGGCAUAUUGGCGAUAAACCAUCUUACAAAUCCUAGUGCAGCCGCAGAAAGACAGAGUGAGAGCAGAGAGCAAGUAACAUUAUGUUUAGCAGAAUCAUUUGCUUUUAAAUUUUAACCUUUCCAUGGAGAGUUUCAGCACCAAAUGCAGUUUUUAGUUGCUGUUGGGUUUUAUGUUAUCUUCUGACCAUUUAUUUUAAGAAAUUGUUGUUAGCCAUCUGCUGGAGCCCUUCUCUCUGUGCCUUCCUGUCAAGGGUACAGCAUAUAGCCAUUUGACUGAGGACCUUUUCUGUGGUGGCACCCCAAGUAAUACCCUGUUUCUCAUAUUUUAAGGCAUCCCCAUAAAAUAAGCCAUAGCAGGAUUUUUAAGCAUUCAAGGAAUAUAAGCCAUACCCCGAAAAUAAGACAUAGUGAUAGGAGCAGCAGCAAUGCCGGCCACGGCAGGAGGAGGAGGAAAAAAAUAAGACAUCCCUUGAAAAUAAGCCAUAGUGUGUUUUUUUGAGGAAAAAAUAAAUAUAAGACGUGUCUUAUAAUAUGAGAAACACGGUAUUGGUCUCUGCUAGUAAUGGGAAUUGGUUGAAUUUUCUCUCUCCUUCUGAGUUAAAUAAUCUAAUUGUGGUUGGUAUUGGUUUUAUUUGUUUGUACAGUACUGACUUUGGAAUUUACUGUUCUUUUAAUCUUCUUGUCAUGAAUUUGUUGUAUGACAUCUAGAGAACUGGUGUUUGUGGGAAAUUAUGGAUAAACUGUGGAGCUUGUCUGCAUGAUCAUCAUUUCUUUUCCAGGCAAAAAUAUUUUUAUUCUUCAAGGAAUUUUAAGCAUUUUAGUUCUGCUUAUGACAAAGUGAUCUGCUGGCUUAUCGUGAUAUUAUUGUGACUCUUUAUUGUCAUUUUCUUUGUUUUUAUAUUAUGUUGCAUAUUUUUCCGUUCUUGAAGAAGAGCAGUAUAGUAAUAUUUUGCAUAAAUAGAUAACUAUAUAAAACUAUAUUGAACUAGUCCAGCAAUUUUGAUUCAUCUUUACAUUGUUUCUGUUUAUCAUUUGUGGCUAGAGAGAAUACUUUUUCCUGUCCGUUUUAUACUGAAGUAUAUUCAACCUGUGCAUUUUUUAAGACAAAUCUUAUUUUAUGCUGCCUUUAAGGCCAAAAUCCUAUCAAGAGAUCCUAGCAUAGUUAUAGAACUAUGAAAACCAUAUAAGUUCAGACUUUGAAGACAGCAGAGGAAGACACACAUUCUGCCCACUGGAGCAUUUUGAAAAGACAUCCAUGGAAGAGGUACAAGAUUUAGCGGAACAGCCUAUGAAAAAAGCCAAGAUGCAGGAAUCAGGCGAACAGCUGUUAAGGCAAGUGAACAGCACAGACGAUAGCGAUCAGAAACCUGAAUCCUCAAGCCUUGGCUCAAACCUGUCCAUGUCCAAUGAAAUUAUGCCAUGCACUGAUUACAUCUCAAGGUCAUCAAAUGAAUAUACCUCACAGAUGUAUUCUGCAAAGCCAUAUGCACAUAUUCUUUCUGUACCUGUAUCGGAAACGAUGGCCUCUUAUUCUGGUCAGACUCAGUACCAAGCACUGCAGCAGUCGCAGACAUAUGCUGUUUAUCCUCAGACAACCCAAGCCUAUGGACUACCUCCUUUUGGUGCACUGUGGCCAGGUAUGAAACCUGAGAGUGGUUUAAUUCAGACUCCAUCUCCAAGUCAGCACAGUGUUCUUACCUGCACUACAGGGUUAACCACAAGCCAAUCCAGCCCAGCACAUUAUUCUUAUCCUAUUCAAGCUUCAAGUACCAACGCCAACUCAGUUUCCACCACCUCACCUGCUGUCAAUAUUUCAGCAUCAACAGUAGCCAGCAUCUCUCAACAGGAGUAUCCUACAUAUACAAUUCUUGGCCAAAGUCAAUACCAGCCAUAUUACUCCAGUUCAAGCUUUGGAAUUGUAGCACCAGCAGACAGCAGCACAGAGAGUCCCACCUUAGCAACAACCACGUAUCCUUCUGAAAAACCAAAUGCCAUGGUGCCUACUCAGACAGCGCAGAGACAUUCCUCUGGAGACCCAUCUACAAGUCCAUCAUUGCUGAGAGCGACAGCUAGUAAAGAUGUAGAGGAGCAGUCCAGGAAAAACGUGACUGGGAAAAACAGAGGGAAGAGGAAAGCAGACGCUUCUUCACCACAGGAUAACGAGCUUGAACGAGUGUUCCUAUGGGACUUGGAUGAGACCAUCAUAAUAUUUCAUUCUCUUCUAACAGGAUCAUAUGCCCAGAAAUAUGGGAAGGAUCCAACUCUAGUGAUUAGCUCUGGUUUGACCAUGGAAGAAAUGAUUUUUGAAGUUGCCGACACACACUUAUUUUUCAAUGACUUAGAGGAGUGUGACCAAGUUCAUGUGGAAGACGUUGCAUCAGAUGACAAUGGGCAAGAUUUAAGCAACUACAAUUUUUCCACGGAUGGCUUCAGUGGCUCAGGAAAUAACGCCAAUCAUGGUUCAGCGGGAGUCCAGGGUGGAGUGGAUUGGAUGAGGAAGCUGGCUUUCCGCUAUCGGAAGGUGCGCGAGGUCUAUGACAAAUACAAAAGCAACGUAGUAGCCCUUCUCGGCCCAGAAAAGAAGGAGGCUUUGCAGAGAUUAAGGGAAGACAUAGAAAUGUUAACAGAUUCCUGGUUGGGAACAGCAUUAAAGUCCCUGCUGCUCAUCCAGUCAAGAAAGAAUUGUGUGAAUGUUCUGAUAACGACUACUCAGCUGGUGCCGGCUCUGGCCAAAGUUCUGCUGUAUGGAUUAGGUGACGUGUUCCCAAUUGAAAAUAUUUAUAGCGCAACAAAAAUAGGUAAAGAGAGCUGUUUUGAAAGGAUUAUCUCUCGGUUUGGGAAGAAGGUGACAUAUGUGGUGAUCGGAGAUGGGCGUGAUGAAGAGAUGGCAGCCAAACAGCACAACAUGCCCUUCUGGAGAAUCACAAAUCACGCCGAUCUGGUGUCGCUCCACCAGGCCCUCGAACUGGACUUUCUGUGAGGAGCUGAGCAGCAGGCAGUCCGGCACAGCUCCCGACAGCCCCAUCUUGGCAAGAGCAGACUUGGGGACUUCCCUUUUCAUCCAGACAAAGCAAUGUAGCUAACGGAAGUGUACAGUAGGAGGCGCCACAGCGUCGUUUUCCCCAGGAGAGCCACCCAAGCCUUUCACUGCUGUCUGCGUUUGGGCGACGGGAAUUUGAGGAGGAGACCCAAAACAGAGCAUCCUGGCUAGGAAUCUCCAGCAGUACAGACCUAACCCACUGUGCAACCUUUGGUAGUAUAAUAUUAUGCAUUUUCUUUAAAAAAAAAAAGGAAAGGAAAAAAACAGUGGGUUGUGGUUUUUCUUUUUUGUUUUUUUUUGUAGAGUACUUUGUCACCUCCAGGCCUCUCUCUCAAGCUUUCAGAACAUAAAGAGAAGUGAACUGAUUGUUUAUUUUUUUACAGAAAGGGGCCCAGAAACAUUUCCCUUCCUGCAAAGCCAGAAAGGGCUGUAGAUUUUCAUGGAAAGGCCACAAAACAAUUCUCUGUGUUGAGAGGGUGGAGGAAGUUCUCCCAGUGUCUGCUGGGGUACUGAUUAUAGGCAGCCAUCCCCUCAGUGCCUGACACCAAGAAGGGGUGGCUGGGGCUAGUUCGUCUGAAGAACCUGUCUCUCUGUCUCUCCACUCCCAAACAGCAGCAUGACAUUUAGAUGCAGGUGAGGUCAGAUUACCUGAGUGACAGAAAAGGGAAAGACACCAUUUCUUCCUUCUUUUUGACAGCUGACUUGCAUAAGUAGAAGCAGGAUUUCUCAAGAGGCAGCACAGUGUGAAAUGAUGGGAGCUGCCCAGCCAGCAGAGAAAAUCCAGCUAGGAAAACACCUCCUUUGCAAAUACUUUAGUGUGAUCUGCCAAAUUUGCACGCAAUAUUCCAGCUUGGCAGGAACUGUAGCCUCCUCAUUUGCAUCAAGCAUGCAGUUUUUUCUCUGCAGUUUUUUUGUGCUGGGGGGGGGGGGCGAGUUGGGCAGAAUGGAGUGUCUGGCAACUUGCAGGUCUGUGAAUCAUUUCUUUAAUUCAGAAUAGGAGAUAGUUACCAUAGUGUCAGGUUCAAGCACUGGCUUAGUGAAAGAGAGUACACCUGUACUCACUUGCAGAGCAGAAAGUGCAAAAUGCUAAUGGCUAUAGGGGUGGAAACCCCCGAAAGUUUCAAGGGGGAACCUCCAACAAUUUAUUUCAUUAUUUUUUAUUUCAACCAUAUGCCACUUAAUAUUCAGAAUUCCAAAAUGGGUUGCUGAAGCUAGGGACCCUGCCAAGUUCAUUGCUUCUGGCUUUGACAGGUGCAGAUGCAUUUGUUUUUUAGUCCCAGUCAAAGACUCAUCUCCCAAGAAAAGUCCCCAUUGCAUUUGGUACCGUGCAGUACCUACUGCUGAUCACCCACCAGACAGUGCUUUAUCUGCAUACUCCUUAAAUAGUAAGGCAGGCACCGUAGGGACUCAUAGUUCCAUUCAUACCAGCAGGCGGAGAAUAAGUUCUUGCUAGGUAGGCAGCAUUGUGUUUUCUUUCCCUGCAAGAACAUAGUGUAUACUAGAUGGGUAGAUUUUGCAAAGGAACAUACACCACAGAAAAAGCCGUACAGGGUGCCAGAAAGCUGCUGUUUCCUGAUGUUUAUUGCAAGCUUACAGAAGGCAACAUAACAGUAUUUUUUGGGAUGAAAAUGCAUCCCACUCCCUCAGAAAGGAAACUCACUUCUAAAGAAGACCCUGUUCUUGUAAUUCCAGCUUUCUGCGAAUUUUUUACUCCUUUGUGAAGGCCAGAAAGGUCACUAGCCGAGCAGCCGUUUCUGAUUCAUCUCCUACUGAAUCGGUGUGGGCUGUGCUUGACUUUGGAAUCAACUCUGUGCCUUAACUUCCAUUACAACUCUUGGAUAUGUCAGCAACUGUGUAGAGGAAUACCUUGCCCGGCCCCCAUUUAAUUUAACGAUAGUGUUUGCAGAAAGUGUAGUGGGCAGGGAUUUGUUAAGCCACCAGGAAACUGACCGCUGUUGCCCUGAGUUUUGUUUUACUUGGCGAAACUGUUUCGAAUGCCUUCAAGAUUUCAGAAGACCUUUGGCUGACGUGUGUGAAGCUUUGUUUUUGCAUCAGAUAUCAAUAUUUAUAUAGUGUCCUCUCUGAUGUUUCCUAACCCACUCAGGGGAUGGUACAUUUUCUGUGUUAACGUUAAUAAAGAUUGUCCUGGCUCUUGUUAUCAUUGAACUCACUGGCUGCGUUUCUCUUGGGUCUUCAUACAGUAUUUGGAAACUGGCUCCUUGUCCCUUCCUACUCUUUCUCACUGUUCAGCAUUCAAGCAUCAGCCAGUUCCCUUCUAAUGCAAUCGUGGGCUCUCCGCAUCCUUUACGUCCCUGCAGUGAGCUUGGGCGUCUUGUGUUCUCAGCUGCAAUUCUGCCUGUGUUUCCAUUGCAGUCUGAAUCCCACCAAGCACCAGAGGCAACUGCAUGCGCUGGUGUAGAUAAGAAAUGCUAAUUCACCCUCAGAGUCCUGCAGGUGUCCAGAAUUGGCAUCAGCUGUGCUUAUGGUUAUGAUUAGAAGGCAUUAACGGUUGUCGGUUUCCUCAAGCAUCAUGUUCUGUGUAAUGGGAACUGUCCUUGUGAACUGGAAAAAUAAAGUCUUUAUUUUCUAUAUAAAAAAACCGUUGUUCUAUUCCUGCUUUCUGAAAACUCGAUCCAAGCUCACACUCGGUGCAAGGAAAAUUGGUGUGUGUGGAUUCAUAUGUAUUGAGACUUUUUACCUCACAUGCAAGCUGCAAGCCUUGUUAAUUAUAAGCCAUACUGUUUAUAUAGCCAGACGC